AGACUACCGACAAUGCUCAGGCGGAGCCACUGUUGGGGCCGUUUAUGACCACUUGGAGUCUAACUAGAAAAUCUCAAUUUUUUUCCUCGCAUCAACGUUGUAAAUCAGAGAUAAACUACAGCAGAAAUCGAAAUACAAAUAAGGUCGUCCGCGCCAUGAUUUCACCAAGUUUUCGUUGCGAAAGUGCAAGUAAUUGGCUGAUAGCGAUAGUACAGACGCUUACGGUAUUGCAUCAUGAAACAGAAACAAGAUCAAGAUUCACGUCAAGAAAAAUAGUAAGGAUCGCAUCCAGUACGGCUGCGCAGGGCCUUAUGUUGAAACAAAUUCCAACUGAGAUAGUCAUAGUUUAUUCAAUUUCUACAGCUGAGCUUAAAAUAUUAUAUAUAAUUUGAAUUUUUCUCAAAAAUCAACACGAUGGGCUAUUACCUCCCCCGUCGAGGAAAUUUAUCAGUAUUUAAAAUGAGCCGAUCUAUCGGCGAUAUCAUGUCGGCGCAGACAACAUUGAGAUAAAGUAAGUAUAGUAUAGUCAGUAUGAUUUCCAGUGAAAAGCAGCAUGUUGGGACGAGUGGCGCUGUUACGAAGUUCAGCAUGACGAAAGAGUACCAGAAGAAAAUCGCUUAUUUAUUAAACAAGGUCAAGUAAGUAUAUCUAUAUGAUGAGUAGUACUUCAACUUCUUGGUCAUGCAGGAAAGCAGGUGCUUUCUUUUGAAUAUGAAACCCCCUGGAACUGGAUGUGGUGCCUCUGCAAGUCCAAGUUUCAAG